AGCAUUUACUCUGAGAAGGUGUUGGUUAAACAUCUCGUGCACUUCGAUCAAGAUGAUGAAAGCAAGUUUAAUUUUUGCUGCUGCUGUUGUGCUGGGUAUUUUUGCAGAAUCCUCUGCAGCACUCAUGACAACUGAUCCAAAGUGCCAUCGGCUACGAACCGCCGUGGACCAGGUCAGGAAACACUGCGUCUACCUCUGCCACAUGCCUGAGGGUCACAUUAGGAUGGGCAUCGAAGAGGACGGUACACCCUGCAAGUUCCUGCUUCACGAAGGCGUCUGCACCCGCGGCUUGUGCGCGUUGAAAAAGCUCAAAAAAGACCAUCGUCACAAGCAUCACGAUGGCGGCGAUGACGGCAAGGAUGUCGACCUUGAAUCUCUAGCAGAAACUAUCAAGGACAUGACCAAGAGCAAGUCUAAAGCCUCCCUCGAUGAAUAACGCAACCUGCGAGUAUUGAGGCGUGCGUAGACGAACCAGACGAUUGAAAAUUUCAGAUGUUCCUUCGGAUUCCGGAUUUACAAUUUUAUAGUGAUAACGUAGCCAAAGGUAUACUCGUCGCCAUAACUUAAUACGUCUUUUUUUUUUGUAGAUGCAAAUGAAUAAAAUUUAUCUGAAAACUUUA